AAGCUUUGAGUAUCGCAGAAUAUUCCACAAUAUACAAUAAAUAAUGUCGAAAAUGAAAUUCUCAUUUCUAAAGCCCUGUUUGAUAUCUUAUCUUAAUUUUCUUAACAAUUCGGUAGUAAUUAAAUUCAGCCACACAACAAUAUAUCUCAUAUUCGUGCAACCUUUCCAAUUAUUGUUUCAGUACUUAUUUAGAAUAGUUCAAUUUUUCAGCUAUAUUUGUUUUAAUCGUUUUUGUGCUUAUAGCUUAAUAGUUCUUGGUUUAAAUUAAAAAACAUAAAAAUUAAAAAGUAGAAAAAUUUAAAAUUAGAAAAGUUAAGACAAAUCAAUUGUUAUCUUAAAAAUGUCAGAUAAAGUGCUUCAAAUCGCAAUUAUCGGUGAUCCAUUUGUUGGAAAGUCUUCGUUUAUCAGAAGUUAUUUUGGAGAUGUAUUUUCAGAUGUUCAUAUACCAGCAUUACUUGAAUCUGACGUUUGCGAAAUCAAAAUCAGCAACAAGUCUCACAAGAUCAAACUAAUUGACACAAUGAGGAACUCAAACAUUGAUUAUUCGACUAUAGACUUAAUUAUUUUGUGCUACAGCAUUGAAAAUAGAAUGUCUUAUAGAAAUAUCAAAACUAAGUGGAUUGAUGAGCUAAAGAAGCUUCCAAAUUGGCCAAUACCAUUUGUCCUUGUUGCAACAAAAGUUGACCUGCGAGAGGAAUUUCCAGACGUUUUCUUCAUCACAUCAGAAGAUUGUGAGAAUCUAUCCAAAGAAAUUGAAGCGUCAAAAUAUUUUGAAGUAUCAGCGAAAGAUAAUGUCAAUGUAAAGCAUAUAGUCGAGCAUUCAGUAAAAAUUUUAUACCCAGAAGAGCAAAAAGUUGACGACAAAAUAGCAGUUUUUCAACCAAUUGCAAGUAAUGGGAGUCAACAAUACGCUGAAUCGAGAGUAAAUCAGAAAAAUUCUUCAUGUUGUUGCUGUUAAAAACUAUUUUUUUUUAUAUUAAUAUCUGUAACUAGAUAUAAUAAAUCAAAAGACAAUUUCUUUUAUCAUUUUCAAACAUUUAUUUCUUUUAUUUGACUCCCGGAGCUACAAGCUACAAAUCAGCAUUAGGAUGCUCGAUGCCAUAGACAAGUGGAUGGUCUGAACCAUAAACAAGAAAGCAAUUGCAAAAACUUUAAUCAACAACUUUGUAAUAAAAAAUAAACUUAAAGUUCAACGGUUUUUUGAAAAUUUAAAUUUGAAUUCUAAAGCAAAACAAUAUUUUAAGUUGCUCAUUUUUAAAUUUGCUAACUUUGUUUUCAAUUGUUAUUGUUUGUUUUCAUUCUAAGAAGUUUCUAAAUUUACAUACUGAUUGAGAAUAUUAAAGAAAAUAUUCAUGUUUGAUUGAGUUCCUUUAGUUUAUUUUUGACACAACGAUCAGUAUUUGAUUAGUAACCAUCAGUUCCAUCAAGGUCUAAUAAAUCAUCAUUGACUCUGAACAAUCAAAAAAAGAUAUUUGCUGAAAACAAUUCAAAUUUGUCAGGAAAAUAGUUAAUUAUUGGAUUUAAAAAUGGAUAAUGAAUGUAUUAUAUUAAACUUCAUGGAGAUCUCAAACUUGCCGUUUGACGAAGCAAAGCGCUUUUUGGAAGACGUUGGAUAUAAUUUAGAAUUGGCAGUACAAAGCUAUUAUGACAGAAAUCAAGGAUCAACAGAUUCACAACAACCAGUUCGUGAAAAUGCUGUUGUGGUAGAAGAAGAUGUAGAAGAAAUAAGGCCAGUAAUACCACGAGGAUAUGACAUUUUAAUACAAUCUGAGACUUCGAGAGAUAUUCAAUUAUCAGCAGUAAGACAACAAUUUAGUAGCUCGUUCCGUGAUUUAAAAAGAGAAAUGGAAAUUCAAGAAGAAUUAGCUCGAGGUGAAAUGCCAAAACGAAAAUGUUUAGAGAUGAUUUAUAAACAUCCCGUGGACAUUGCUUACAAUUUUGAUUUUGCUAAUGCCAAAAUAAGAGGACAGCAAUUAGGAAAAUGGAUAGCUGUGUUAAUAAAUAAUGAAAGCUAUGAAAGUCUGUCAUUUAAUAGAGACAUUUUUAAUAAUGAAGUUGAAUCAGAAAAAGUCAAAAAAAUAUUGAAAAAAAAUUUCAUAUUUUUAAGAAAAAAUUGCAAUGAUCUCGAAGCGCUCAAAAUCUUACAAAUUUAUAAUUUACUGGAAUGUCAAACUAUCCCAAUAUUUUUAAUUAUUGACAGUAUAACAGGAGAACUGAGAAAAAAUUUUCAUGACUGCACAAAAUUAACAUUACGUAGCGUUGUUCGUGAACUUAAAAAAUAUUCAUGUACAAAAGACAAUCAACUAGUUUACAAUUCAAGUGUCGAAGAUUCAGACGACGAAUCGUCAUCAACGAAUAAUAUAAGACCAAGUACAUCACAGCAAUUCUCAAAUGCUGAUCAAAAGCCAUCACAAAAAACGACAGUCACCAAAUCAAUUGAAUCAGAUGAAGAUUCUUUUGCGUCAUUAAAUUCUAAUGAUAUUUCUGAUCAUGACUUAAGCAAUGAUGAUGAUCAAGAAGUGAAAGUAUUAGAUAGUGAUGAUGAAGUUUUAGCACAAAAUGAUGAACCGCAAACAAAUGUUUUAUUAAGAUUUGAACUUGAAAGUCACAAGUUUAAAUAUCCAGCAUCACGAUCUGUAGGAAAUUUAAUAAACUAUAUUUAUCGAAACUAUUUAGUUAAAACGGGCAUUUAUGAUAAUAAGACAAAGAGAUUUUCACUUUUUUCGAAAAUUCAUAAUAAAUGUUUGACUGCUUUAGAUCACGAUCUUACACUCAAAGAUGCUAAUAUUCAUCCAUCGAUUGUUCUUUUACACAAUACGAUAGAAAAAGAUUAAAAUUUAUAUGUUAAAUAAAAAUAUA